AUGCCACCAACCUCCAACCCAGUAGCCAAACGCGGCCGCCCUGCGUUCAGACCUCCCCGCCCUACCACCAAAGCCACCAAGACCAAGACAACCACACCCCGCCGCAAAUCCGCUCCCGCCAAACACAGCUUCAUAGAGUCCGCCGCAGAAGACGACGAAGAUGAAGAUGAUGACGAUGACGACGCUGAGCUCGUCUCCUCUCACUCCCGCAAUGCAUCCGCAUCAGAAGAACCAGACGCUUUUCCCACAACCACACGCGUAGGCACGCAAGACGCCCCACCAACAAUGCCUCCCGCCCUACUCACAAAGCUCCUACAUUACCACUUCCAAGAUGACAAGGUCAGGAUAGGGAAAGAGGCGAAUGGAGUGGUGGGGAAGUACAUGGAAACGUUUGUAAGGGAAGCGAUUGCUCGGGCAGCAUUCGAGAGGAGCGAGGCGGGUGGGAAGGGUAUUGGAGACGACUUUCUGGAGAUGGCCACUGAGCUCGUCAUCCACUGUGUUGGCCUGGAAGGACUUACCAUCACGGUUUCUGGAGCCGACCACAGCAUACCAAUAAUCACAGACGUGCUUCGAGUGACCACGCUCCUCGGAAGCGUUGAAUACACUAUCCCCCAGCUCCCUGUUACCUACAAUACGGCAGAUCUCAACGGGAAUCUCACUAUCUCCGAUGAAUCAGGAAAGACGCUGUACCGCUGGAGAUCACAUGCAAUCGCGCAGCCGCCGUCGGCAGAACACCAACAGCCCAGAAGUGAGCCUACCUACAACCAUGAAAGGCAAAAGCACCCUCCAUGCAUUUCAGCUCCACCAUCCUAUCGGGCAGCUGGGACACCACCAAAUUUGCGCUCUAGUGGAGCUUUGAAUGAGCUCAAUAAUAGCCAGACUGCUUCUUCGGACGCAGACGCCAUGGCAGAAAACCCAGAUGGACCUGGUCGACUACGUUCAGGGAAUGGACGCAAAGUGACUUAUCUCGAGUCCAGUCUGUCGCGAUCCAACAGUACCAGGGACCAUUCUCCUUGGUCCUCUCCAGUACAGAGAUUGGAGAGAACAUCUAAGCGGAAACCCAAUAGAAUAUUCCAAUUCUCAGAAGACAGCGAUGCAGAGCCUUCGGGAUCAGAUAUUCCUCUAGGCAGAAAGCGGAGACCUAGACUGAGACCCAAGGUCGCCACUACAGAUGAUAGCGGUUCGGACCCGUUAGAGUCCGACAUCGCUCCACCCAGGAAGCGGAGAUCCAAGCGGAGAGAAAGGAUCAAGCUUCAAGAUUCGAAUGAUAGGGAGUCGGAAAUCUCAUUGUCAGAUAUGACCCGCACCCGAAAGAUCUUUCUGCGCCGCCUAAUUGACCGCUUGUUGAGAGAGAGCGACGAGGAUUCAGAACCCUUUGCCGAGCCUGUUGACGCCGUUGCAGAGGAAGUUCCGACUUACUACGCAGUGAUCAAACGACCCAUGGAUCUGCGCACGUUAAGAGAGAACCUCGGCAAAGGAAUUUACUCUACUGUGGAAAGCUUCGAGCCAGCUUUCUACCUCAUCAUCGAGAAUUCAAUACUGUUCAACGGACUGGGGCAUAAAGUGUCUCAGGGUGGCUUACGCCUUUUGAAAGCAUUCAAGGUUCUAAUUGCUUCGCUACCCUGA